CUGAUCGCAAGAGAGCGUGUGCAAGCAUUGUUUUUCUACAGUGUCUGACCUGGCGAGGAUUCCCAUUUCUGCAGACAACAGCUCGCGAAUAACAAGCAAUAAAAAAUGGAGAAGACAUACAGCCCGAGUAGGAUAGAAUCGGCAAGCAGCAUCUAGAUCAUAUCAGCCACAACGAGUGUGCGGCAGUAAUGAUUGAGAGGUUGCCACAGGCAAAUAAUAAGUGUUAUCGGCUUGUCAUCAAACUAUUCGUCGUUGAGGAAAGGGAGACGAGCCGGCGGCGGCGACGCGCGCGACAAUACGGGGGAAAAGACUGCUCAGAGACACUCCGACGGCCGCCCGUUGCGGCGAUACACUAGUGCAAGCGCCGCCAAGUGCCCGCAGUUUCGCUCGCUCGCUCGAACAAGGCACACAGCUGCUGCCGAUCCUGCUACUUUGCUCGAAUCGUCCUUCUAGCUAAUCGAGCUUUCUUUAUCUUUGUGCUUUUUCUCUUUUCUUUCUGCUGUCGGUUUAUAUCCAAAGUAACCAAGUCAGCGAAAGCUUGCUGCUGCUGCUACUGCUGCUGCUGCUGCUGCUGCUGCUGCUGACGACUUUUCCACUUGACAGUCACAUUGUACGCGUCGAAAAUUUCGAAAAUUUACCGACUCGACGGGCCAAACUUCUGCCACUACAGGUACCGUGAGACCAGUGUACCAAGGUUCAGAAGCAGGCUACACAAAAAGCGUAUUCUGGGAAUGCAUAAGACUCGACGGAAAGCUCGCGGCUUAAGAUAGCUACUCUGACAGCCUGCAACCACUGUUCAAGCCGAAACCGUUUCUUCCUUUCUCUCACAGCUCAGUGAUUAUUUAAUUCAAACGGCGCACUAAGUUACUUCCAAUUUUAAACAACUUGACGACAAUUAGUUAUGACUACUUAUGGUACUUAUGAACUAAAAAGCGAGAAGAAUUUGGAUACGACGAAACAAAAAAUUCAAGAUACUCAGGAUGAACAGAUGUGGGCGCACGGUUACGAGAGAAGUCUCGCAAGCACGGCAAUCACUUUACUCGCGUGCGUAUUGACAGGCGGCCUGCUGCGCCUGUUCUUUCACUGGUAUCCUCAUCUUUAUCUAUACGCGACCCACAAGAAGUGCAACCUAAACGGCGCCACCAAAAUUUUAAUCGUGGACGAUUAUCAAGGCAAAUACAAAUCUUAUAUUGUCAAAGAUGUAAUCGCCGUGUCGACCAAGAAUGUCAGAUUGGAAUCAUUGUCUCGCCACUUCAGCAAAGUAGAUAAAAAUCUGAUUGAUCGAAUUAGAGACAAGGACUUGGAAUUGCAUCUGGAAAAUGGAACGAGGUGUCAAGUACAAGAGUAUAGAACAUUUCAGUGUAAGAAACAAUGCUACGUGUGGGACGAUAAAAUGGGGGAGUUUUCGAAGCUUACGAGUCUUGAAAAAUACGCCCUGUGUCAAGAUCUUCAAACGGAAAAAAUCAAGGGACUAUCUCGAGAAGAACAAUUACUUAGGCGGAUCGUGUACGGAUACAACGAGAUUCUAGUACCAGUAGAAGGCUUUCAAGUGUUGUUUGUUCUCGAGAUACUAAACCCAUUCUACGUCUUUCAAGUUUUCAGUUUAUUCGUUUGGUUCGAGGAAGGCUACCUGUACUACGCGUUGGCUGUAAUUCUCAUGUCUGCUUGUGGAAUUAUUACCUCUAUUCGUCAAACGAGAGCCAAUCAAAUAAGUCUUCGGAACACAGUCGCCUCGACAGAGACGAUACGAGUGUUACGAAGUAACGGCGAGUAUGAGAGUGUCUCCAGUGACGAGCUUGUCCCAGGAGAUAUAAUCGAACUACCAAAACAUCAAGCAAUUGUCGCAUGUGAUGCUGUCCUUUUGACAGGCAGCUGUAUUGUCAACGAGUCAAUGCUCACAGGUGAAUCUGUACCAGUUACCAAAACUCCCUUGCAAUCUCAUCCGGUAUUGUACGACUCCAGAGCACACUCUCAUCACACAUUAUUCUGUGGCACAACUAUUAUUCAAACCAAACAGUAUGGAGAUAAACCUGUACUUGCUAAAGUUAUUAAAACUGGUUUGUGGACUAAUAAAGGGUCGUUGGUCGCGGCUAUUUUAUAUCCGCCGCCGACCGACUUCAAAUUCGAUCAAGAUUCGUACAAACUUAUCGCAAUACUUAUUGCUGUAGCUUUUGUUGGAUUUUUCUACACUUUAGCCACCAUGAUCGAACGAGGAAAUACUGUAACAAACAUUGCCAUAAAGACUCUCACGGUUUUCACGAUUGUAAUUCCACCAGCUUUACCGUCAGUUAUGGCAGUAGGAAAAAUGUAUGCGAUAUUCCGCUUAAAGAAGAGAAAAAUUUAUUGCAUAAAUACACGAGCUAUUAACAUUUCGGGUAGCAUUGAUUGUGUGUGUUUUGAUAAGACUGGAACUUUAACAGAAGAUGGCUUAGAUAUGAUGGGUAUUGUCAUGUACGAAGAUAACGAACUUCACCAACUAGAAAAAGAUGUAACAAAGUUGGAAAACACGCGAAUUUUUAAGGGCAUGCUUGUUUGUCAUAGUUUGACGAUGAUCGAGGAAGAGUUGAGCGGAGAUCCUUUGGACGUGAAGAUGUUCGAAAGUACAGGUUGGCAAUUAUACGAGCCGGAAUUGAACGACCCAACGAAUAUUCACUCCUUGCAAGCACUUACAAUUUUAAAGUCACCCCAUGACACCUCGCUGACUAUGGAGAUUCUCCAGCAAUACCAGUUCUCGAGUACGUUACAACGUAUGUCCGUGAUCGCAAGAUCGCCUACUGAGCAUGGCCAACUCUAUGCUUUCACUAAAGGCUCACCCGAGAUGAUUCUCAGUUUGAGCGUACCUCACAGUAUACCAGUCGAUAUCAUGGAUAUCCUAAGGUACUUCACUGAACAAGGUUAUCGGGUGAUUGCUCUUGCUGCCAAGGAAAUCGCUGGUGUCUCUGAUGAGCAGGUACAACAAGUAGCGAGAGACGUCGUAGAGCAAGACCUUGAAUUUUUAGGUUUAAUUAUUUUAGAAAAUAGACUGAAGGAUCCAACAAUAAAAGUGAUCACAGAUCUUCGAGAUGCUAAUAUUAAAACAGUUAUGAUCACCGGUGACAAUAUACAAACGGCAAUCAGCGUUGCAAAAGAAUGUGGAAUCCUGACACAUGAAGAAACGGUAGUAAGCGUUACAAUGGUACCCAGUGAUAACAAGGAUCGACCCGAAGUAUUCUUCAACGUACAAGGACUUCCUAUAUUGGAAAAUAAAUUAAGGACCGUAUCUAUGGGAGAUUUGGAAUGUGGGCUCAAGUCUCAAAAUUAUAAGUUCGCAUUGACCGGUGAUACAUGGCAAAUGCUACGCGAACAUUACAGUGACAUAUUACCAAAAAUCUGUAUAAAGGGUGUAGUUUUCGCUCGAAUGAGCAGUGAUCAGAAACAACAACUUGUUGUUGAAUUGAUUCAACUAGGAUACCACGUAGCUAUGUGCGGUGAUGGUGCUAAUGACUGUGGCGCAUUAAGAGCGGCACACGUUGGAAUUUCGCUUUCCGAAGCAGAAUCAAGUGUCGCAAGUCCAUUUACAUCUCGAGUUCCUGACAUCACGUGCGUGCCAACAGUCAUCCAGCAGGGACGAGCAGCUCUUGUUACAUCGUUCGGCAUUUUCAAGUUCACUGUUUGCUAUUCACUCACGGAAUUCAUUAGUACAAUUAUCCUUUAUUCCAUCAGUUCCAAUUUCACGGGCAUGCAAUUUUUAUACGUGGAUAUUCUGCUGUUCGUUACUUUUGCCUUCUUUUUCGGUAAAACCCAAGCUUAUGAAAAGCGAUUAGCUAAAGAACCGCCAACUUCGAGUCUCAUAAGCUUUACACCGUUGUUUUCCUUAACCGUUCAUACAAUCAUAAUUGCUGUAUUUGAGCUCAUUGCCUUCUACGCGGUACAACAGUUCUCAUGGUUCACACCGUUCGUUCCGAGAGAUGAGUACCUCUACGAUGGCUAUGAAAAUUAUUCAGUUUUCUGCCUGUCUAGCUUUCAAUACGCUAUGUUAGCCAUUGUUUUCUCACAAGGAAAACCGUACAGAAGGUCUAUCGACACAAAUAAAUACUUUAUUAUCUCAAUUGUUAUGCUUUCAAUCCUUAAUUGUUAUGUCACGUUAUACCCAGCACAGUGGGUCGUUGACGCACUAGAGCUCAAGAUGCCACCAGUUUACGACUGGAGAUUUAUGAUUGUCGGCCUUGCAUUCAUAAACUUUCUGAUUUGUUUCGCUUUUGAAUCCUUUGUAGUAGAAUAUAUUAUCCAACAAAAGAUCAAACCAAAGUUGUACAAGCCUGAAAAGGCGAAAAAGCAGUACUUGUUAUUAGAGCACGAUUUACAGUGCAAUCCACAUUGGCCUCCAAUUAGCCGGGAGCUUCCGUGUUUACCGAUAACACCGAGUUACGAAAAUAUAAUCAAUUCAACUCGUAGAGCAAGUAUAGCCGAGUCAGCUAUAUGUGUUUGUAUUGUUAACGAAAAUGAACAGCAACAAACUCACCCGGAUUAAUUGAUUGCCAAAAUUGGAGUCAACAAUUGAGCUUACAAAAGCGAGUUGACUUGUAUUAAUUGAAUUUGUAUAAAAGUGAUAUUUAUAAGAGUAUUAUUUACAAAACUUUUGUACAUUUAUAGACUAAGUAUUAUAGACCGACAUAUUUUUAAAAAGUGAAGACGUUGAUAAUAAAAAAAAAUACUGUUACCUUGA